AUGAAUCGCUAUCGUACACUUCCCGGCCUCGGGCCACAAAAGGCUACAGCCAGUACUGAGCGGCCAUAUGCCUCCAGGCCAUCAAGGACGCAGCAACUACUCAAUCCCAAACUUGCGCCAAAGUUAGCGAGCGACGCUCCGAACAAUCUAUUGAACAGCAAGGGAGUGGCCGACCAACAACUGGCCGAAGCCCAGGCCAGCCGAGCAAAACUAGUCCAGGAGCCAGAAGAUCGGGGUCGAUCACCAACCCCAGACUCCUCAGAUUCUGUUUCGACAAUAUCGACAAACAAGUCGCAUUCUCGUUCACGGUCUCGAUCACGGGAACGCGGUGACGACUACUUCACCGCUAGUCCUCCUUCUCUAGAUCGCCUCGGUCUCCGAGGCGAGAGCCUGGCUCACAUCGCAAAAGCCGACGCCAUCGCACCGUCAGUCCCAUUGACCGAGGUCGACCUAGUUCUAUGCGUCGAGGUAGCCAUCGCAGCCGGACUAGCAGUCCAAGCAUGGACAAGAGCCAGAUCACCAAGCAGAGACGGUCUCUCGAGCAUGAAGACCAUGAUGCUCCAACAUUCCGGGGCAAUGCGUGUGACCGCGAUGACACUUAUGAUCCGAGAUUGCCUCAGCGAGACGUCAGGCGUGGCCGAGAGGAGCGAAGCCAUAUAA